CGCGCCCGCAGGCAGGUUCCUGCAGCAGGACCCCGCCGCGCUGUCCGCCGGAGCGGGCACCGGCCCGCACCCCGCGGGCUGGACGGCGGAGGAGGCGGCCGUCGUCCACGGCGCGCUGGCGGCCGGCGCCGCCUUCCUGCAGGCGCACCACGAGCAGGGCUACUAUCCGUCCUACGCCGCCCAGAGUGGCGAGAUCGUGGGGAUACUGAAGCAGCUCAAGGACGAAAUGGAGGCCGACUUAUCGGAGGCCCAGAAGCACGAGUCCGCGCGCGCCGAAGAGUUCGACGUGCUGCGCAAGGCGAAGACGGCACAGAUCGAGGCCGGAGAGAAGAUGGAGGAGCAGAAGGAGGACGAGCUGGCCAAGACGGCCAACGACCUCGCUGAGGCCAAGGAGGACCUGGGCCAGGAGAAGGCCCUGCUGUCCGAGAACCAGGCCUUCCUGAAAAACAUGAAGGAGACGUGCGCGGAGGCCGACAAGAAUUGGGAGCAGCGCAAGAAGGCGCGCCAGGACGAGAUGGAGGGGGCCGGCAUGGAGGACACGUGCCUUUAG